AUGUCUGAGGAGCCGUCCCGCACCCUGGGCUUGUGGGCGACGCUCCUGCAGGGACCUUCGGAAAGUAGCGGCAGCGAAUGUCCGCAGCAACCAGGUGAGUUGGCUGCGCGGAUGGGCGCUGCAGGAGACCCCUCUGCUUAGGUAACACACGCAGAGGUCAGCUUCAAAUCCCAGCUACAUAGUCACGUUGAGCCGACUGCCAACUCCCAGCCUCACCUACUUAGCAGGGUUGCUGUGAGCAAGAAGUUGCGGGGGGAAACGGACGAUAUGCAACAUCUCUCCCCCCCCCCAAAAAAAGAUAAAUGGAAGGCAAUCGGAUUUGAAACACACACACCCCAUUGCCUUAUACAGUGGUAUCUCGGGUUAAGAACUUAAUUCGUUCCGGAGGUCUGUUCUUAACCUGAAACUGUUCUUAACCUGAAGCACCACUUUAGCUAAUGGGGCCUCCCGCUGCCGCUGCGUGAUUUUUGUUCUCAUCCUGAUGCAAAGUUCUUAACCCGAGGUACUAUUUCUGGGUUAGCGGAGUCUGUAACCUGAAGCGUCUGUAACCCGAGGUACCACUGUAUGUUAUACAGUUCAAAACGAGCCACCCUGUCCUAGCACGUAUUGAUGGUUCCCAUACAAAUUGGUGGAGUGGUUUAGAUGAAGUGUAACGUAUCUCAGGAGUUAAUAGCUGAGCUAUGAAGCGGGGCUUCGGGGCUCAACUCCCAGCAGCACGCCCUUCCGCACCACAUCCUAAUCAAGUAAAAAUGGUGAUUAUUAUAAUGGACACUGUUAUAACACUGGAAAGGGCUCCCUGGGGAGGUGGCGGACCCUAGGAGGUUUCUCAGCAGAGGUUGGGUGGCCAUCCCUCAUGGAUGCUUAAGCUGAGAGUCCUGCACGGCUGCGGGGCUGGAUGACCUUCGCGAUCCCUUCCAACUCUACCAUUCCGUGACUCUAUGAUUCCUGCACUCUAACGUGACAGGCAGUCAGGAUGUGGAGGGAGCUGCGUGUCUGAAUGACCCCCCUCCCGCCCCACAUGAAAUAAACCGGGAGAGAAAAGAAUAGCAGGGCAAGGUUUAGGGCCGAUUUCCCUCUGUGUGCGCAGUUAGGAACCUGGAUCACACAGGCUUGUUGCUUCUGAAAGACCUUGUGCAAAGAGCGGGGAACCUGUGGCUGUCCGGGUGUUUUCCAGACUCCUGUACAAUAUCCAUUAUCCCUGGCCAUUGGACACGUUGAAUGGGACUGGUGGGAGCUAGGAGACCCAAACGGAGAGGCACAGUUUUAAAUGUGUGAUGUUUAAAUGCGUGAUGUUUUAUUAUGUUUUUAUAUAUGUUGGAAGCAUCCCAGAGUGGCUGGGGCAACAAUAUGGGUUGGGUACAAAUAAAUUUAUUAUUAUUAUUAUUUACUCGUUGCAUUUGAGGUGGAAAAGUAGCCUUUUUUAAAACCCAUCUUUAAAGUCUCCAGCAUUCAAAUCCUUCGCAUGUUUCCUCGGAAGUAAGUUCCGUCAAGGUCAACGGAACCUGCUCCCAAGGAAGUGCACAGAGCACUGCGGUCCCCAUCCUGUCGCGCUUGCUCGGAAGCAAGUCUUCCUGUGAUCUAUGAAGGAUUCCUUUGAAAUACAGUUUGCACAGGGUUGCAACAGUGAAAUUUUCGUUUCCUCGGAAAUAAGCGUGCACAGGAUUGCAAAUUUAGCACCCCUACGCGUUUGCUCGGGAGUAAGCCCCGCCAAACUUAAAGCAAGCAGACUUAAUCACUAUCAAGCUUUUAUUACCUCGUAUUUUCCCGUUCUCGGCUGAACUUUGUAAGAUUUUAUUUGUGCGGCAAGGAAACAAACGUUUUUUGUUGCUGUUAAAUCAUUCGCAAUAGGAUCAUUUUUCGUCGUUGUGAUCCCCCUCCCUCCCUUGCUCCCGGACAGUAAAUAGCCCUUACACCAAAGUAAGCCUGGUGAAGAUCGUGGGAGCCUGCGAAUUAACUUGUUGAGCCCCGUCCAGCCUAAGAGCAGAAAAGGGUUGGCAAACUGGGGCGCGGGAGCGACUUUAGCAAGACAAAACUGCAAAGGUGGGAAAGCCUGCAUUGGAAAAUGUGCAUUAGCUGCAAUUCCAAACCCAUUCCCUGGCCCUGAGCUCGGCGGGGAGACCUCUGCACAGCCCCGCCUCUUGAGAAAGCGGCAAAGGGAUGGGGGGGUUUUGUGAAGAAGUGAAGGCAUAGAAUAAUUGUAACAUGCAGCAAGAAUUGGAAGUUGGGGGAACCAUGGAUGGUGGCGAAAUCCUAUGUUGACUGAAUGAAUGUUUAAUUUGCAAUGUUAUUGAAUUAUUGCUUAUUUUUGCAAAUUUCUAUAAGUGAAAAAAAUUAAAAGAGAAAGCUGCAAAAACCUGUACGUACAUUUGCAGCCGAAUAAAGCACCGCAACACACAGACGCACAACCAAGAAUUUGUCAAUGACCUGCUGCAGUGUACAAGCCCAAGUAAAUGAUAGUAAUAGCCACAUAUAUUGAUUCUUUUUAAGAGGAGAGAGGCGAGGGAAAGUUAGCAUGGGGACAUGGCUAGAGAAAAGGGUAAUUACGCAUUCGGAUGGAAAUUUUUCCAUUCUAGCUUUCCCUCCUCUCUUUUUACCCCUGAACAGUCAGUCGACCAAUCUGUAUAGGAAUAACAAACACCAUACUAACCUAAGCAGGGCUUAUCAGGAUUUCUGAGCUAAUGUAUGCGGACGCUUUAGGAAUGUACAGUAUUUCAUUGUGGUGGGGGCUACAGAGUGGCGUAUACUGGCGUUGUGUUUAGCAGUCUGGUUUUGUACUUUCUCCCAAUAAAGCAACAUUUCUUCCACACCAUCACCUCCGUCUCGCUAAACUGGCGGGGGCGGGGCGGGGGGCACCACUGCAUGGCUUGCCUCAGGCCUCUGGCUAAAAAUGUCUCGAGCCGCUCCUGCAUCUUACACAUCAAGCUGCUCUACUUGGAAGGAGCUUCUGCAAUCUGGUCCCCUCCAGAUAUUGGUUUUCUUCCAGUCAGAGAUUUUGCCAAUGUUUUAGGAUGUCUUUUUUCUUUACAAUAAAGGUAUGAAAAGACGCUGACAAAAAACCCCACACAUACAUUAAGCAAAAUAGAAACAUCGCCACCCCACCCACCCUGCCCCCCUCCACCUCUUUCUCCCUUUUCUUCCUAAUGUAAUACUAAUGUCUCAACAAAUGAAACUGAUCUGUAGAAAAAGUAACUUGAAAAAAGAGACAUUGCACAUACUUUUGUAAACCAAGAAAUCUUGAAUAAAAAUACGAAUAAUAAUAAUAAUAAUAAAGGUAUGAAAAGUUCAGAAUUUUGUUUCCUGGAUUAUUGUUUGGAGGAAACAAAAUGUAGGUCUAUACAGAUACUGACAAUAAUGAUUUCUGUGAAACUUCAUUAUGAGGUUUUGGAUUUCAUCCUAAAAUUUUACUAACUUGAGUAACUAGACAAACUGAGGCUAAAGGUUCCCUAGGGAUUGAGGCAACUUACAAUAUUAUAAACUUCCUGUAUUAAGGAUGACAUCCUUCCCAUGCCCCACUUAAGAGCUGCUCCCUGCUUUGAAGUGGUUGAGGUGUUCCAGGGAUUCUGUAAAGGUAAAGGGACCCCUGACCAUUCAGUCCAGUCAUGGCCAACUCUGGGGUUGCAGUGUCAUCUUGCUUUAUUGGCCGAGGGAGCCGGCGUACAGCUUCCGGGUCAUGUGGCCAGCAUGACUAAGCCGCUUCUGGCAAACCAGAGCAGCGCACAGAAACGCCGUUUACCUUCCCGCCAGAGCGGUACCUAUUUAUCUACUUGCACUUUGACAUGCUUUCGAACUGCUAGGUUGGCAGGAACAGGGACCGAGCAACGGGAGCUCACCUUGUCACGGGGAUUCGAACCGCCGACUUUCUGAUCAGCAAGCCCUAGGCUCUGUGGUUUAACUAAUAAUUUCUUGUUUGCAUGUUCCACCCCUAUUGCUACUUCCCAUCCAGCUCAUCCAGGGGGUUAAUUGUGUUUUGUCUCUUGAUUUGCUGGGUUCCAUUCCAUACCUGCAGAGUGGAGAGGGAAGUGUCAAUUGCUAAUUUCCUUUUGUAGGGGAGAAUGAUGUUCCUAAAGGUGACAUGAUGUUAUAGCACCACAAGGGGAGAAGUUGGCUCCUGCUGAAUUGGCUCCUGUGGAAUUUCCCCUAGUGGAAGAGGGUGCUCAGAAGCAGCAAGAGGCUGGUGGGUCUGCAGAAGUGCCUGCAGAGAUUUUACCUCUUGGGUGCCCCAAGAUGGUCUGUGGGUGAGGGGACCUGUCUCAGUGCUGGGGGCAGGACCCCGGGUCACCCAGAGUCCUGUGGGUUUGGGGGAAGAAAGUCACUUGGGAAAUUGCAUGUCUUUGUUUAGCACCAUAAGUAAGCAAAGAGGCAGCAAUAUUUUGAUUUAGAGUUUGAGGACAGAGGAUGAAGUAGAGGUGGGGGGGGGAGAGAGAAAUGGAGAAGGGCAUUUUUCAUGUACCAGAGAGGAAGCAGCAGGGAUCCUGAAAUUGUGUCUUGGAGUGACAGGCAAGAACUGCUUCGGGAAUGGGGUGUGAGUUUGGAGGCCCUGACCUACAACCCAGAAGGAAUAGCAGCUGCCCAGAAAGACUGAACCUGUGAAUUAACCAGAAUGGACUGGAAAAUGUAGACUGGACUAUUUGAUUUACUCAAGAGGAGGGAUUCUGUUGAAACCCCAAGCAAGCUACUGCAGCAAGUGAGGGGGUUCCUGCUCUUGGGACUGUGUACUAAUUUAACGUGAGGAUGCUUCUGGAAAGUCUUGUCAGUUUUUAAAAUGCUGUUGAUCUGUGUUUUGCAUGUUUAUUAUGAUGAAAACUGUUAAUGAAGGCAAAGGGCUGCUUACCAGGGUCUGGGGAGGACAUGGGAGGGCAUUGGAGCUUCCUAGGACCCUCCCUCAACCUUCCCAGACAAGUGAGACGGCACUUUCCUUACCAUCCUCAGAGAUGCUCCCAGAACCCUCAUUCCUGCCUUCUCAGAGGCCGGUAAGGAAGGCAGCUCCUCGUUUCUCAGGCUUUGGGAUAGGCACAUGAGGGUUAGGGUUAGGAACACUGCCAGAGCUUCACACUGCCUUCCCAAAGCCCAGUAGGUGGGUGCAUUGGAAGGCAGGGAUAAGUAAAUGGAGAGCAGAGAGCCAUGGGUUUCCCCAGCUCUCCAUUUAUUUUUUAGUUUCCUCCCCACCCAUGCAAGGUCUUUAUUGCAUAAGAGAUUCAAGUGCAAGUUGUAGGCUUCCACAGCCUUCCACAGUUCUCAAGUUUUGGGUCUGCCUGAAGAGCUGAAACCAGGCACUCUCACUCUGUCACAUGCAGGCCUGUGGAAAGCUUGUAUGAGGCCUGGGCAGGAGUCUUGUUAGAAUAAAGUUAUAAACUCAAACAAAAAAAGCAGCUGGUUCCUGGCUUAGCUGUCCAAGGGCUGGGGCAAGUAUACCUAGCUGCCUCUUCCCUGGUCACAUGCACUACUCAUUAUAGCAUGCUGGCUCAUGGUCCUUCAUUAAUCUUUCUGUCUCGUGGGUGCAAACCAUGCCCCCCCAUAGGUUGGGAGACGUAGCAAAAGGGCAGAUCCCUGUGGGGUGUCACCCUUUGCCUCCCACUGGGCAGUCUACUGCCUGCAGCAUGGCAGGCCUCUCCACAUCCACUAACAAACCCUCGUGGUGUGUAGGGUCCACUUUGCCCCCUCCUGUGCAGAAGCAGCUCUGAUUAGCACUUUUCCAAGCAGAAAAAAAAUUGCUUAAAAGAAUUAAAGAGUUGUAGCAGCUGCAGCUGCAGGGAGCAAAGUUUCUAAAAGCCUCCCUUCCUUCCCUUUCCAAGAUAACCUGGCUGCUGUCUCCUUUGUCCUUGAUGCAUUCCUGUGGUUGUUGUGGGAGGGAAGAAAUGCACGCACACCAAAUCCUGAGCUUCCUUCCCAUCUGUGCAGAAUCCUAGCUUCUCCCUCCAUAGUUGGUCAAGGAGCUCAAAGUGUUUUCAUGGGCCUGAUUUACUCUUGAAGUAGCCUUGAGAAGGUAGGCUGCGGAGAGGGGAGAGAAGGCAAGGUCACCAAGGAGUUCCAUGGCCGAGAGGGGAUUUGUUCUUUAUUUGCACCUGGCACUUAUUGCUGGUGCCCCUUGGGACUCGUAGCUAGCAGGAGUCGGGAAUUGUGUGUGCCCAAUCUGAGAGUAAGGGGAAGGGAACUGAUGGGCAGUGCCACCCCAUGGGUUAGUGGCAAGUGAGAAGGCAGGGCUGGUGGAGAAGGGGGCACUGGCUGAUACUGGUGGGGCAGUGACCCAUUUGCCCAGUUGGGCUGGUCUCCCCUGUGGCCAAGCCUAGUUCCCCUUCGUUUAUUUUUGUAAUCCUUGCUCAGCUUCUUAGCGCUUCUCUCCCAGCUCAUUCUGCAGGCAUCACAAAGCACUUUGGCUGCAUGCAAACGUGCACCUUUAAAGUACAUUCAAAGCACAUUUUCCCUCUCAGAGACUUCCAGCCACUGUGGCGUGUUAAGGGUUGCUGGGAAUGGUACCUCUGUGGGACUUAUACCCCACCCUACCCCCAUUCUCCAACAGUGUGAGAUUCCAGGGGUUCCGGAUGGCUACCCAAGGUUUAUGUUUCCUUUUGGAAAUGAGGCACAGUGGAGACACCGGUGUCUUCAUGAUAUAUGGGUUACAUAUAUAUACAGCCUGAGCCUACGAUGCAGGGCUUCACAGCAUUAACACCCCCAAAAGGGUCUUGUUUCUCCUAUAGCCACAGCCUUGGAUUCAAUGAGAUAUCUGGCAUGGCUCUGUCUCUCUGCUUGCUGCUUUCCUCCCCGUCACAACACUGCAGACUCAGCUCUAAACUCUGACUUUUGUCCUUCUCACUAUCUGCAAGUUGAGGGAGGGGCCCCACCCAUUUGCUGUCUCUCACCGUUAGUAACUUUUCUGUUAGUAACUUGUCUAUUAUUUCUUUUGCACAUCUGUGAAAAUAUGUCCCUUUUUCUAAAUCAUUUCUAAAACACAUAAAUUUUUAAAUGGCAAUUAGUUACUAGGGUGGCUGAAGCCACCGUGGUCCAACCGAAGGCCUCUCUGAGGCUUGUGUUUGUGGAGCAGUCCUGUGCCUCCUACAAGUCUGAGACGCCCAUACCUGCUUUGGAAGAUAGCAGCAUCAUAUGACGGCAGCUGCCAGGCGAGCUGGCUGGGCAGGUGGCUGCUGCAGGGGACUGCUCUGCUUAGGCUAAUAGCAGGUUGGUGUGUCUAACUUCAGGCAGGGCUGGCCCUAAUCUUUUUGGCACCAGAGGGGAACCACAGAACGAUCCAGCUGUCCACCUGCCAGUUUAGGGAGAUGGAGGUGGUGGUGUGGGGGGGGGGGACAUGCUUUAUGUGGAAAAGUACAAAACCAGACUUCUCAACACAACUCCAGUACACACCACUCUGUAGCCCCCACACAAUGAAGUGGCAGUGCUUUGUACACUCUGGGCUGUUUCAGAGGUGACCCGCUUUGAGCAUGCCAAUUCCAAUACCAAGGGUCACUGCCUGAGCUCUGCAUUGCCUUCACCCUGCCUGCCCGAUGCACACAGGAACACGCUCAGAUGUCAGUUUCAAAUCCUAGUUUCCCCAUAGAGUCCACAUGGUCACACCUUGGGCCUAUUACAGCCUCCUUGAGCCAUCCAAGUUCUGCUUAAAAACCUCUAAGCCCACCCACUUCCGUUCCACCAUUGAACACCUCUUACCCUCAGAAGCCUCUUCCUGACCAUAGUCAGAAUCUCAGCACCAGGAAGAACUUUCUGACAGCAAGAACUGUGGGUUCUGACACGUACCUUGUAGCGGUGGGGACCACCAUCCUUCUCCAAGCCGUGAGGUGCAUAUUUAUAGGAUCGGAAUACAAAACCCCUGUCCUUGGCUUUGAGGUCAUAAAUACAGAUUCAUUUGAAAUGGUGAAUGUUGCGUGGCCAACAGAAACUAAUAUUGUCUCUUUCCUUAAAAGAAUUGGGCCUCGAUCCCAAAGAAGGACAAGGUCCACUUCUCCAGGAUUUCAAACAGGAGGAGACAUCAGCAGGUAGGUGUUUUAUUGUGUUGUGGGGCCCUUUUUUGCUCUGGGCAGAGAGGGAAGGGAGAGCUGUUGCCUUCAUGUCCUUCUUCUGGACUCCCUAUCUACAUCUAGUUGGCCCAUUUGGGGUUCUUGGACUAGGCUUGCGGGGGGGGGGGGAUGUGGUCCUCAAAGCCCCUCUUGAUAGCACUCAGUACUUCCCACAUGACACAUCUCCCUCCCCAAGUCAUGACCCUUGCCUUGCCCUGCUUCAUGGGACAUCCUUUCCCUUGGGGAAAGCCACAGCUCGGUGGAAUAGCACACACUUUGCAUGUGAAGCUCCCUGACAUCUUCAGAUGGAGGGCGCUAUACAAAUUUAAUAGUAAUAAUAAUAAAAUGCAGAAGGUCCUAGCUUUCUCUGGCCUCUCCAGUAGCCUCACCGGAAGCCCUGCAGUCAUAGUCAGAGAGUACAGGACUGAGCCUGACUCAGUACCUGGUAGAUUUCCAUGUUCCUAUAUUUAUAUGGACCAUCACUUUGGACCACAGCCAAAUCCAUAAGAACCACAGAGGAGUGACCAAGGGUCACUGCCUGAGCUCUGCAUUGCCUUCACCCUGCCUGCCCGAUGCACACGGGAACACGCUCAGAUGUCAGUUUCAAAUCCUAGUUUCCCCAUAGAGUCCACAUGGUCACACCUUGGGCCUAUUACAGCCUCCUUGAGCCAUCCAAGUUCUGCUUAAAAACCUCUAAGCCCACCCACUUCCGUUCCACCAUUGAACACCUCUUACCCUCAGAAGCCUCUUCCUGACCAUAGUCAGAAUCUCAGCACCAGGAAGAACUUUCUGACAGCAAGAACUGUGGGUUCUGACACGUACCUUGUAGCAGUGGGGACCACCAUCCUUCUCCAAGCCAUGAGGUGCAUAUUUAUAGGAUCGGAAUACAAAACCCCUGUCCUUGGCUUUGAGGUCAUAAAUACAGAUUCAUUUGAAAUGGUGAAUGUUGCGUGGCCAACAGAAACUAAUAUUGUCUCUUUCCUUAAAAGAAUUGGGCCUCGAUCCCAAAGAAGGACAAGGUCCACUUCUCCAGGAUUUCAAACAGGAGGAGACAUCAGCAGGUAGGUGUUUUAUUGUGUUGUGGGGCCCUUUUUUGCUCUGGGCAGAGAGGGAAGGGAGAGCUGUUGCCUUCAUGUCCUUCUUCUGGACUCCCUAUCUGCAUCUAGUUGGCCCAUUUGGGGUUCUUGGACUGGGCUUGCGGGGGGGGGGAUGUGGUCCUCAAAGCCCCUCUUGAUAGCACUCAGUACUUCCCACAAGUCAUGACCCUUGCCUUGCCCUGCUUCAUGGGACAUCCUUUCCUUUGGGGAAAGCCACAGCUCGGUGGAAUAGCACACACUUUGCAUGUGAAGCUCCCUGACAUCUUCAGAUGGAGGGCGCUAUACAAAUUUAAUAGUAAUAAUAAUAAAAUGCAGAAGGUCCUAGCUUUCUCUGGCCUCUCCAGUAGCCUCACCGGAAGCCCUGCAGUCAUAGUCAGAGAGUACAGGACUGAGCCUGACUCAGUACCUGGUAGAUUUCCAUGUUCCUAUAUUUAUAUGGACCAUCACUUUGGACCACAGCCAAAUCCAUAAGAACCACAGAGGAGUGACCAAGGGUCACUGCCUGAGCUCUGCAUUGCCUUCACCCUGCCUGCCCGAUGCACACGGGAACACGCUCAGAUGUCAGUUUCAAAUCCUAGUUUCCCCAUAGAGUCCACAUGGUCACACCUUGGGCCUAUUACAGCCUCCUUGAGCCAUCCAAGUUCUGCUUAAAAACCUCUAAGCCCACCCACUUCCGUUCCACCAUUGAACACCUCUUACCCUCAGAAGCCUCUUCCUGACCAUAGUCAGAAUCUCAGCACCAGGAAGAACUUUCUGACAGCAAGAACUGUGGGUUCUGACACGUACCUUGUAGCGGUGGGGACCACCAUCCUUCUCCAAGCCGUGAGGUGCAUAUUUAUAGGAUCGGAAUACAAAACCCCUGUCCUUGGCUUUGAGGUCAUAAAUACAGAUUCAUUUGAAAUGGUGAAUGUUGCGUGGCCAACAGAAACUAAUAUUGUCUCUUUCCUUAAAAGAAUUGGGCCUCGAUCCCAAAGAAGGACAAGGUCCACUUCUCCAGGAUUUCAAACAGGAGGAGACAUCAGCAGGUAGGUGUUUUAUUGUGUUGUGGGGCCCUUUUUUGCUCUGGGCAGAGAGGGAAGGGAGAGCUGUUGCCUUCAUGUCCUUCUUCUGGACUCCCUAUCUGCAUCUAGUUGGCCCAUUUGGGGUUCUUGGACUAGGCUUGCGGGGGGGGGGAUGUGGUCCUCAAAGCCCCUCUUGAUAGCACUCAGUACUUCCCACAUGACACAUCUCCCUCCCCAAGUCAUGACCCUUGCCUUGCCCUGCUUCAUGGGACAUCCUUUCCCUUGGGGAAAGCCACAGCUCGGUGGAAUAGCACACACUUUGCAUGUGAAGCUCCCUGACAUCUUCAGAUGGAGGGCGCUAUACAAAUUUAAUAGUAAUAAUAAUAAAAUGCAGAAGGUCCUAGCUUUCUCUGGCCUCUCCAGUAGCCUCACCGGAAGCCCUGCAGUCAUAGUCAGAGAGUACAGGACUGAGCCUGGCUCAGUACCUGGUAGAUUUCCAUGUUCCUAUAUUUAUAUGGACCAUCACUUUGGACCACAGCCAAAUCCAUAAGAACCACAGAGGAGUGACCAAGGGUCACUGCCUGAGCUCUGCAUUGCCUUCACCCUGCCUGCCCGAUGCACACGGGAACACGCUCAGAUGUCAGUUUCAAAUCCUAGUUUCCCCAUAGAGUCCACAUGGUCACACCUUGGGCCUAUUACAGCCUCCUUGAGCCAUCCAAGUUCUGCUUAAAAACCUCUAAGCCCACCCACUUCCGUUCCACCAUUGAACACCUCUUACCCUCAGAAGCCUCUUCCUGACCAUAGUCAGAAUCUCAGCACCAGGAAGAACUUUCUGACAGCAAGAACUGUGGGUUCUGACACGUACCUUGUAGCGGUGGGGACCACCAUCCUUCUCCAAGCCGUGAGGUGCAUAUUUAUAGGAUCGGAAUACAAAACCCUGUCCUUGGCUUUGAGGUCAUAAAUACAGAUUCAUUUGAAAUGGUGAAUGUUGCGUGGCCAACAGAAACUAAUAUUGUCUCUUUCCUUAAAAGAAUUGGGCCUCGAUCCCAAAGAAGGACAAGGUCCACUUCUCCAGGAUUUCAAACAGGAGGAGACAUCAGCAGGUAGGUGUUUUAUUGUGUUGUGGGGCCCUUUUUUGCUCUGGGCAGAGAGGGAAGGGAGAGCUGUUGCCUUCAUGUCCUUCUUCUGGACUCCCUAUCUGCAUCUAGUUGGCCCAUUUGGGGUUCUUGGACUGGGCUUGCGGGGGGGGGGGAUGUGGUCCUCAAAGCCCCUCUUGAUAGCACUCAGUACUUCCCACAUGACACAUCUCCCUCCCCAAGUCAUGACCCUUGCCUUGCCCUGCUUCAUGGGACAUCCUUUCCUUUGGGGAAAGCCACAGCUCGGUGGAAUAGCACAUACUUUGCAUGUGAAGCUCCCUGAGAUCUUCAGAUGGAUGGCGCUAUACAAAUUUAAUAGUAAUAAUAAUAAAAUGCAGAAGGUCCUAGCUUUCUCUGGCCUCUCCAGUAGCCUCACCGGAAGCCCUGCAGUCAUAGUCAGAGAGUACAGGACUGAGCCUGACUCAGUACCUGGUAGAUUUCCAUGUUCCUAUAUUUAUAUGGACCAUCACUUUGGACCACAGCCAAAUCCAUAAGAACCACAGAGGAGUGAUUUGUUCCCAGUUUGGUUUCUCCCCCAUUCUUGCUCACAUCUAUCCCACCCCCAGCACAGUUGCAUCCGAUGAGGAGGACAAGGAAGCACAGCUGUGCUUAAUGACAGAAGGUGGGAGGCAGAGCAGGAAGAAGCUUGUUUUGUUGUCUUGAAACUGCAGCGUAUUCAGAAGCUAACCUCAGGUUCAACUGGGCAUAGAGAGAAGAAGGGGGAGAUGCUAGAAAAUUGUAAAAUCAGAGGUGCAGGGAACCGGGCCCAAUCCAUAAUGAGAGUCUCUUAUUCUGCUUUGCAAUUUGAACGACAUUUUCUUUUUCUCCCUCCCUCAAAGCAGACAGUGAGCAGAACAGUGAGAAUUAUGGGGAGCCACACUUGGUGUCAUUAGAAAAGGUGAAGACUGAAGAAGAGGAAGAUAUGUUUGUAUAUCGAGAACCCCAAGAGCAUUUGAAGAGUGAUUCAGAUACUGACAGUGCAGAUUCCUCCUCUUCUGAUGUACCCCUGAAUAUACAGGUGGUAGAUUUCAAAGAAGAAAGCCCAGAAACAGAUGUCAUGCAGAGCACUCCAUAUCAGUAUCAACCACAGUUUAAUGCACAACACAACAGCAACACAGGAGGGGGAUCAUUUCAAUGCCAUGAGUGUGGAAUACUCUCAACAUGCCACAGUAGCUUCGUUAAGCAUCAAAGAAUCCACACAGGAGAGAAACCAUAUGGAUGUCCUUUGUGUGGAAAGUAUUUCAAUCAGAGUGGAUCACUUACUCAACAUAUAAGAACCCACACAGGGGAGAAGCCAUUCAGAUGUACUGAGUGUGGAAAGUGUUUCACUCAGCAGGGAAGCCUUACUCAACAUCGAAGGAUCCACACAGGGGAGAAACCGCAUGAAUGCCAGGAGUGCGGAAAGCGCUUCACUGAGCGUGGAAGUUAUACUCGACAUCGAAGAAUCCACACAGGGGAGAAGCCAUAUAAAUGCCAGGAUUGUGGAAUGUGCUUCACUCAGAGUGGAACCCUUGCUCAACAUCGAAGAAUCCAUACAAAGGAGAAACCAUACAAAUGCAAGAAGUGUGGAAAGUGCUUCAGUCAGAGUGCAACUCUUAAGCAACAUCAAAAAACCCACAAGUAG